UCAAAAACGUCAAUACCAUAGACAAACAAAUAAGAAAAAUGUUUCUUUGUCUAUGGACGCUAACCAUAAAAAUUUAAUUUUUAAAAAGCUGUGAACUUGUUUUAAAUUUUAAAAAUAUACUAAAAUAUAAUUGUGUUUAUCUAAGAGCCAUCAACAACAGACAUCAACAAUGAGCCAAGACGAUGCUAAGAUAUUUCUUAUUCCUAACGAGCUUUGUCGUCGUGCAGGUUUAGGAGCCACUUGGAAACCUUUAAAUCAGUUUGCUGUGUUUCCUCACGAACGACGUACCGUUCGCCAAAAGGAUAUUCCCAGUAAUUUUGCUUCUACAGCACAGAGUUCUGUGUUUCUCGUUCAACACAGUAUUAUUUUAUAUCAUCCUAUUCUCCGAAAACUGGUAAAUGAAUCAAGUGGUACAUUCCUCACGGUUCAGAGUACUGUAUCAUCAAAAUCUUCAGAAUUUAAGGGUGAGAUCUUAAAACUCAGUAGACAAUACCGUUCAAUAAUAAGAGCUUGUUUGGAAAACUUACAAGAUGAAAUUGGUAAAAAUAAUAUUACCAAUUCGGAACGAGACGAAUUACGAGAUUAUAUAACAAUAUUUUAUUCCAUUGAAUGCAUUUGGCAUUUGUGUGAAAUACUUUUUAUUGAUGUUAUACCUGGUAAUAUUGUGUUGCCUUAUUUACUCGAUUGGGUUAGAUUUCACUUUCCCAAACAUGAGAGAAAUGCUGCUCUACUUAUAUCUGGAGACGUGACUUCUUUGGAAUUACAUGAAGAUUAUUGGCCAACAGUGUUUGGGAAUUUUUUACAAGGAAGAAUUAAAAUUGUUCGAACACUUUUAAGACAAAAUUCAGCCUUUGGGAGUUCUGUAUUUCAGUUAGUAGAUGAAGUUCUAAAAACCAUGCCAACAUAUAAUGUAAUCAAUAGUAUUUCCAUCAAUGAAUUUAACUUGCAAUGGAAGCAUUGGACGACUGAUAUUCAGUUAAAAAUUGAUGCAAAACAGUUUAUAACAAAUCACAAUUUAAAUUUACUAAUGCGAUUAAUUGUAGGUGAAGAAGAGGCUUGGGCUGAAAUACAAUCUCAUUGUGAAACUUGGUACGAAUUUCUAGCUGGCUGGCUGUUUUACACUGAACCAUCAGUAAAAUCUUUUGAACUAGGUCAAUUUGCAAAACUUAGCAUAAGAAAAAUGCGAAUCAAAGAUCACAUGAAACAUUUAGAUCGCGUUUUACUGGCAGCGAUGGAAUUUGACUUAUUUGAGGUGAUUAAAGAAAUCCAGCAUAUGACUGAGAAUGGUUGGUUUGUGUGCCACUUGGCUGAUAUUUUGCAUCAUUCUGGAAGUCUUUCUGUGUUAGAGAAAGAAGUAGAAAACUUUACAUCAGAAAAUUUGAGAGAAUCGUUUUUACUUGACUAUGGAACAAUUCUUAUGGGGCAUUCGAGUUUAUGGGAGGUUGGUUUAAAUUAUCUGGACUAUUGUCAAAAUAUUGGUCUCCAAGCUGUUGAAUUGUUGUUGCCUAGAAUCCCUUUUAGUACAGAAACAAAAGCACACAAAUUAAUAAGGGAGGCAAGAAAUAGAGAACUGCACAGUGUCGCACAAAGUAUAUGUAAAAUCCAAGGAACAAGAUCUUUAAAAAGAGGAAGAGUAGGUAAUGCUUUGACGUGGGCUUUGAAAUCUCAAGAUGGGCCGUUUACAUCAUAUUUAGCAGAUCUGGUUUUGAAGAAGUACAUUGAAAAUGGGGAAUUAAAUAGUACCGAUUUGUUGGAUAAUUUGGGAUCUUGUAUGCUGGCUAGUGAUAGACUUAUAUUUCUAGGAAAAUAUAAUGAAUUUCAUAAAUUGUAUCAAGCUGGUGAAUACAAGGAGUGUGGGCAUUUAUUAAUUUCACUUCUUGCUUCAAAAAUUGUACCAAAAUACUUCUGGUCUGUUCUACUUAGUGAAGCUAUCCCUCUAUUAGAAAGUGAAGAGCUAGUAUUUUCUGCUAAUGAUACAUACACCAUUCAACAUUGCCUGGAAGAGAAAGAAGCAAUUCCACAAUUAGCUGAUAAAAUUAGUAUUUUAAGACUGGCUGCAGCAAGAAAUUUGUCAAGAGCUUUAAUGUUUGAAGCCCAACUAGCACAAUGAUUUUCUUUAUUAUGUAAUUUUUAAUUUAAUACUUUUUGUACAAUAAACAAGAUCUUAAAAAAAUAAACAGUCACUAUGUUUUCAUAGGAAAUAGUGAAUU